CUAAACUGACCAACCUAUACGAUGAGAUUGAUCAAGAAGAAAUCGAAGACCUCAUACGGGUAUCCGAUAUCUUCAAAUUACCGAAACUGGUAGAAAUUUGCCAAAACUGCCUUACCGGGCAAGACUAUCUCAAUUCAAGUAUAGGCACGUCCGAGAACGACGAGACAAAUCAGAAGAUGAAAGAUCUCUAUUUCAACAAACCUGAGACGGCUGACGUUGUGUUCAAAGUGGGAGGAAAGAUAUACUGUCAUAAAUGUGUGCUAAGUGCAAGGUGUAAACUUAUGGCGGCCAUGUUUGGAAAUCGCUUCGAAAAAGACGAGGCGAUCACAUCUGAGGUGGAUAUUCCGGCUACGUCGGCGGAAUGUUUUCAGGCUCUGUUGGAAUACCUAUACAGUGACCACGCACCUACUGAUGAGACUGAUGGGUUCGAACUCAUUUGUCUCGCGGACGAAUACGGACAACAUCGUUUGAUGAAUCUAUGCGAACUGAAUGUUACUAAAGAAAUCAACAGGAGUGUGGCAACGAAUAUAGGGAAAGCAGAAAUUGAUGUCAUCGGACAUUUGCAAAAGGCACAGAAAUACAAUGCAGAACAAUUGUCCAGCUGGUGUUUUCAUUUUAUCUCCACAAACUACACUGCAUUCCAAAAUCGGGUGGAAUUCUCGUGUUUAACGGAAGGAAACAAAAUCUAUAUUGAGGAGAACCAGUGGCCUCCAAUAUCGUACCUCCGUGAAGUGGAGGAAUAUAAGAAUAAAUUGAAGCAAAAAAAGAGACAAAUGUUCAUUUAAAUGUUCAAUCAUGUAAACGUGAUUUAUUUGUGAAUGAUGUGCGAAUGAUCAUAAUGUGUUAAUCAAUUUUACUUUAAAUACCGAAUUCAUCAAUAUGGGAUUAAGACAACGUGUCAAAACACAACUAGAGACAUUUAAAUGAAAAACGUUUUCGCAUAGAUAUCUUUGUUGAUGUAAGUAUCAUUGACGGUAGUUUUUUUCAAUACAAACUCUUACUAUAUAUAUUACGUAUAUGCAAAGAAGUAAUAACAAGAGUGCAUACACAUUCCUCUGUCGGCACUGUUGUUAUUACUCCUUUGAUAAUAUAUCUAUUUAACAAUAAUUACAUUUAUUAUUCAUGUAUGUAUACUUCAUGGAGUCAUCAUUAGGUGAAUAAUAAAUCGUGGUAAGUGUGUGGUAUAUUAUGAACGAAUUGUGAUAAGUAUGCAGACAUAUAGAAAGGAUGAAUGAACAAAUAACUGGAAAGAUAUAUGCUGUGGUAACUAUGACCGAGAGAUAUAUGAGGUGUGCAGGUGACAAUUUCGUAGUGAUCUAAUCAACGUCUUGUUCAAGACAAAAAGGAUUCUGUCAAAUAAACUUGCAAACUGUGGAACUGCAAAAUUGAGUUAUAGAAAAUCCUGGUAUCAAUUUUUUUUAAAGACAAAUGCAAUUUACCCUAUUUAAAUGAGAAAUUGUAUAAUUGACCAAUUAACUGAUCUUCUUCAAUAGACCCUGCAUCAAUUCAGUUUCUAGAGGAAAUCAAAACUAUUUUCCUUCAAAUAGAAAACCGUUUAUUAAAUUCAUUGUGCUGACUUUUUCAAUCAAAAAGGUGUUAAAUACACUGUACCUGUUAUUCUAUGUUUGUCAGUUUUAGACAAAAAUGACUGAUGAAACAUGAUUUAAGUUAAGUAUGAGGAAUACUGGUGUACAGAGUGUAUCAAUUAUGAACUGAAAUCAUCAUUUCGAUAAAGAUGGCGAUUAAAGAAAUAUUACAUUUGAUUGAUGCUGCUAUAUGAAUAAAUAGUAACAUAAAUGUUUGGAG